AUGGAUUAUGUGGACGUUGGGGAAGUCGUCUCUGCAGUCUUACGGCAACUCAAAACCGAGCACUAUGAAGAACAUAAGGCGAGAAUGCGGGUAGAAAAGAGCAUAGAAGAUCCAGGAUGGAAUAAAUAUUAUUUUGUGAUAACCAAUGAUGAACUUAAGAAGUUGGAAAAUCUUCUUGCUGCUGUUUACAAGAUGGAGGAUUUUUAUGAAACGUUUGUCCUGCGAAGAAUGCAUGUAAGGAGAAUGGGCUUCGGUAGGAGGUACAUUUUCAUCCUUCGUCAGAUGUUGAAUUUGAAGGCUACAUUAGACUUUCGCAGUGAGAUAAGGAAGACCAUAUUCCAGAUCGAUGCCGUUUUUAAGGAAUCAAGUGUGAGCAGACAAAGCCGUCCACGUGAAGAAUCAGACGUCCUUGGCUUGGAAAAGCACAAAGGAAAUAUGGUGACCUGGCUAACUGACACUAAUUCCGGUCCAAAUAUUGGGUUCCUCUUAAUCUCAGGCCAGACUGGCUCCGACAAGACUACCGUCGCCACGGAAAUAUAUAAGAGUCCUGAGAUCGAACGUCAUUUUGAAUUCCGCGCAUGGGUUUCUGCCUCUAAGGACCCUGUAUCCAACUUCCGGAGCAUUUUGCAGCAGAUCACUGGCGAUUCAACGGUUGAUAUGAAAUCUACCGAAUCAGAAUUGGAAGAGAAGAUCUGUAAGAUUUUGCAGAAGAAACGGUGUCUGGUAGUGGUCGAUAUUAAUAUGGAAAACGCUUAUGAUCUUUUGGAUAUAUUACCGCAUUCUGCGUUGUUAGGCGAAGGCAAUGGUAGCAGGGUGAUAAUGACAAUGAGGAGCAAAUACCGCAUCGAGUCCUUUAGGCAUGAAUAUAAAAAUAAUCCAAGUUUAUCUUAUGAUCAGCUCAAGCCGCUACAGGAUGAGGGCGCGUGGAAUUUGUUCUUGAAAAAGGUACGCUUACCAGAUAAUACUGUUGAGUCUGAUAUUCCAGAUAAGCUCAAAAGAGAAAUUAUAAAUGUAUGCGGAGGCAAUCCUUCGGCAGUCAUGGCGCUUGGACGUUUUCUAUCGACAAAAAAGAGCUACGAAGAAUGGUUGACAGUUCUUGAGCAGUUAUCGGGCUCAAAUUUCUUUGCCUCGAUGAAUUGUGAGCUAACCACCGGGAUGAGGACUUGCCUACUUUAUUUUGGUGUUUUCCCAAAAGGAUACAAAAUUCCAGUGAGAAGGUUAUUGCGUUUAUGGCUUGCAGAAGGGUUUGUAACUGAACCACGAGAGCAGACUGAAAGGAUUCAAUGGGAUCUAGAGAAAAAGGCGAAAAUGUAUCUACGCGUACUUAUAGACCGAAGCAUUAUUCAAAUAACAAAAUGGAGAAAAGAUGGAAGUCCCAAAACAUGCCGAAUGCCUGGCGUCCUACAUGAUAUCUGCUUGUCAAAAGCACAAGAUAUAUUUGGCCUUCUCCACAUCCACCCAACUACGCCAGCUCCCGAAAGUAGUAGUGAUCAUGCAUCUCCAUCUCCCAAGUUUGGUGCUCGCCGUGUUUCUGGUGACAUCAAACAAUAUUCCAGUAAAGAGUACUCGCGCAUGCAACAUCUGCGCUCUUACUUGUCCUUCAACAUUCAAAAGAAAGAUACGCCUGCGGUGGAAAUAAGCGACUUUCUCAGUGCUGAAGUCAUUGGUCAUCGAGGCUUUGGAAUGCUCAUGGUGCUUGAUCUAGAACGUGUUUACAAACCUAAAUUGCCCCAUAAUCUGGGCCAACUGUAUCUCUCAAGGUACUUGGGUUUCAGAUGGACCUUCUUGGAUAAGCAACUUCCCCACUCUGUUAGUAAGCUGCAUUUCCUUGAAACCUUGGAUGUGAAGCACACCUAUAUCAGCUCUCCACCCAAUUCUAUUUGGAAGAUGAAUUACCUGCGACAUCUGUGUCUCAAUGAAAUACGCCUUGACAUGCCUGUGAAGGAACAAAGUAUUUCUCUUCUUAGACUCCAUACCUUAUGGGGAUUAUUUGUGGACAUCAAGAGUCCAGUGAAGAAUGGUUUGGAUGGAUUAAUCAAUCUUAGGAAACUGGGUCUGACAUUUCAUUUAGACUCCGUUGAAGAAUUGGAUAAGUGGAUUUCAAGCCUGAAAGGACUUGAAUCUCUGAGGUUAAGAUCCAAGGACAAGAAUGGUCGACCUUCAGAGCUCAAAUUAAAGCCUCUAUCAGGCCUAAAGAAUCUCACCGAUGUGUAUUUGCUUGGAAGCUUACCGGAGCUAGAUAGUGAAUACUACUUUCCACAGGGUAUUAAAGUUCUUACUCUAUCCAUAUCAAAGCUGAAAAAAGAUCCCAUGCCAAUCCUUUCGAAGCUGCCAAAACUUGGUGUCCUUCGGCUAUUGGCUGAUUCCUACACUGGGAAUGAAAUGGUGCGGCCUAGUGAAGGCUUCCCUGAGCUUACAAUACUAAAGCUCUGGAUGCUAAAGGAAUUGGUGACAUGGACAGUGGAGGCAGCAGUUACGAGUCUCGACGAAUUAGAAAUCCGAUGCUGUCACAACCUGAAGAAGCUUUCGUGCCCCUUAAAUUUGUCUUGGACAAUAAUUUUAACAAACAUGCCAAAUGAACUUGAAGACAAGCUUCGAGCUGACGAUUACUGCGAGGAAUUAAUCAUCAGUACCCUGCAGUUCUAA